AAGUUUACCAAAUACUCUACUGCUUUAUUUCACAGCACACCAGAAACAACUUUUUUCCAAAGCACAACAAUAUCAAACCAGCCCUUAGUAGCCUGCAACUAAUCAUAUUUCCUCACAUUAUAUAUUUCAAUUUCCAUGUAAGAAUAGCUGCUGAUGUUGCCUCCUUUUAAUCUGUGAAAGUUUUGUAUUAUCUUUCUUCACAUUCUUUGCAAUGGAUGACCUAUCAAAUAGAACAGUCACUAAGCUUGGAAUUUUCUUCCAAACUUCAGCAAAUUUUGUGCUCUUUUGGAGAAUAUGCUUGGCAAAACAGGUUCCUGCUAAUUUUGUGUUUGGGGAUUCUUUGGUCGAUGCGGGAAACAACAACUACCUCUCCAAGGCCAACUAUCUUCCCAAUGCAAUCGAUUUCGGAAAGCCAACUGGAAGAUACACAAAUGGAAGAACAAUUAUUGACAUAAUAGGUCAGAAACUUGGCUUCAAGGGUUUCACUCCUCCUUACUUAUCUCCAACAACUGCCGGGGCGAAAAUUCUGCAGGGUGUAAAUUAUGCUUCUGGUGGAGGUGGAAUCCUUAACACAGGGAAGAUUUUUGGAGGUCGAUUAAGCAUGCAUGAACAGCUAGAUUUCUUUGCUAAUACCAGGCAAGACAUUAUCUCCAGCAUUGGCCUUCCUGCAGCUCUGGAGCUAUUAAGCAAGGCUCUCUUCUCCGUAACAAUGGGAUCGAACGAUUUCAUUAACAACUACUUGACGCCGGUGAUCUCAGCUCCUGAGCAAAAAUUGAUACCUCCGGAAACAUUUGCGGGAAUUUUGAUUUCAAUAAACAGAUUACAACUCACAAGACUGUACAAUUUGGGAGCAAGGAAGAUUCUUGUGACAAAUGUAGGACCAAUUGGGUGCAUACCUUAUGAGAGGGAUACAAAUCCUGAUGCAGGAGACUCCUGUGUCGAAAAACCAAAUCAGUUAGCGCAAUUGUUCAACCCCGAGUUGAAGAGCCUUCUCAUGGAGCUUAACGCCAACCUUGAGGGGUCCAAAUUUGUUUAUGCAGAUGUUUAUCGCAUUGUAGAUGACAUUACUCAAAACUACAUAUCAUAUGGUUUUGUGAAUGAAAAUUCUGCAUGCUGCCAUAUGGCGGGGCGCUUCGGGGGUCUUAUUCCGUGCGGCCCUCCGUCCAAAGUUUGCAGGGAGAGAUCUAAGUACAUAUUCUGGGUUCCCUACCAUCCUUCUGCUGCUGCUAAUUUAAUCAUAGCAAGGCGUCUCUUGUAUGGGAACUCCAAUGACAUUUCGCCCAUCAAUGUUCUGCAACUUAUUCAGUCUUAAUUAAAUCUGUUGGCUAAAGCAAGAGAACAAAUCAAAGGAAUGAUGUUAAUUCUUCAAUAGUUAUUUAAUUAUUAUUUUUCUUCUUCUUCUUUUGGGUUCAUAAUAUAUAAAUCUCAUUAUUUUAUAGGGUAGUAAAUUAGUAAUUGCAAAGCAUGGUUGCAACUAGAAGAAAAAAAGGACAGAAAAGAAAGAGUAUUAAAUUAUUGCCCAGAACAGCUUGUUGAUUAUAUUAUAUUUGUUGUAAUAACAAGAUUCAUGAAGAAAUAAAAAUCAUGAUGGAGGUUUGAAAAUUAGAGA